AUGGUCCGGUCAACCGCAUUUGCUGAUAUACACACAUAUUUUAUAGCGUUAUCUUCCGUUUUCUUUCCUUCAUUUUCUUUUUUCUUCCUCUCUUUCUUUCCAUUAUUUUUCGUUUUUUCAAUCUCUUCCUUCCUUUUUCUUUCCUUCUUUCUUUCUUUCUUUCUUUCUUUCUUUCUUUCUUUCAAUUAUUUACCGUCUUUUUUCUUUCAUUUUCUUCCUUCCAUAAUUGUUUUUUAUUUAUUUUCAUUAUUUUUAUUCUUUCUUUCUUUCUUUCUUUCUUUCUUUCCAUUAUUUUCCGUUUUCUUUCUUUCACCUCCAUCCUUUUUCUUUCUUUCUUUCUUUCUUUCUUUCUUUCUUUCUUUCUUUCUUUCUUUCUUUCAGUUAUUCACCCGACAACAGGAAACACAGGUGACAUCCCCGGCUUUGGUGACAUCUCUCUCUGUGUCUCUCUGUCUGUCUUUUCUUCUUUCCCAUAGGACAGCGCUUUCAAUUCUCGCUCAUUCUUUCUUUCACGCUCUUUCCAAAUCCCUCUCUUUAUUUGUUUCACUCUCCAUCUUGUCUCGACUUUCGGAUCUUUCUCAUUCACUGGGAUGA